AUGGAUUCUUCGCUGUUCUUUCCCUCGUUAAUAAGUGGUGCAGCAGCAGGUACGUCAACUGAUAUUGCGUUUUUCCCGAUUGAUACGAUCAAAACUAGGUUGCAAGCUAAGGGUGGGUUUUUCUAUAAUGGAGGGUAUCAUGGAAUUUACCGUGGGCUUGGAUCAGCAGUGGUCGCAAGUGCGCCCAGUGCAUCAUUGUUUUUCAUCACUUAUGAUUCGAUGAAGUAUUAUUUACGUCCCCUGCUGGGAAUAUACAUCAUGGAUGAGCAGAUUGCGGACACUAUGUCUCAUAUGGUGUCUUCAUCAAUUGGGGAAGUAAGUGCAUGCAUGGUACGGGUUCCAGCGGAGGUCAUCAAACAGAGAACACAGACUCAUCGAACAAACUCUUCUUGGCAGACGUUGCGACUGCUGUUGCGCAAUAAGAAUGGUGAGGGGCUAAGACGCAAUUUAUACCGCGGAUGGACUACUACGAUUAUGCGGGAGAUACCUUUUACUUGUAUUCAGUUCCCCUUGUAUGAAUAUCUGAAGAAGAAAUGGGCGUCUUAUGGUGACGGGAAUCGGGUGCCCCCAUGGAAAGGUGCUAUUUGCGGAUCCAUUGCUGGCGGAAUUGCUGCUGCUUUAACAACACCUUUGGAUGUUUUGAAAACAAGAUUAAUGUUAAAUGAACAAUCGAUACCUGUAAUGCAAUUGCUAAAGCAUAUCUAUCGUGAAGAGGGUGUUAAAGUGUUUUUCAGUGGAGUAGGCCCCAGGACACUGUGGAUCAGUGCAGGUGGAGCGAUAUUUUUAGGCGUAUACGAAGCAGUGCAUUCAUUAUUUUAG